GCAAGAAGAGGCCACACAGACCAGAAAGAAGACCCAAUAGCCUUCUGAAACUCAGAAGAGUGGACGCUCCAGCUUUGACCACCUGAGACACCACUCCUGCUGCCAAGAUUGUAACUCCAUUUGUUAUUCUGAGGCCUCUACUUACCCUGUACCACAAGGAUGGAGCCACUACUAGGAGUAAAAAUUGGCUGCCUGUUUUCCCUGCUGGUUCUCACUCUGGUCUGUGGCCUUUUCCCCAUCUGCUUCAAAUGGUUCCAGACUGCUACAGCCACAGGUCGUCAUCGCCGGGUCCUCAGCCUCCUGAGUUGCACUUCUGCUGGCAUUUUCCUGGGAGCGGGUUUCAUGCACAUGACUGCUGAAGCCUUGGAGGGAAUUGAAUCAGAGAUCCAGAAGUUGGUGAUACAGAACAGCACAAACAGUGAGGGGAAUUCUGAUGAUGCUGAUUCAGCUUAUAUGGAGUAUCCCUAUGGAGAGCUCAUCAUCUCCCUGGGCUUCUUCUUUGUCUUCCUUUUGGAGUCGCUGGCAUUGCAGUGCUGUCCUGGGGCUGCUGGAAGAUCAAAAGUGCAGGAGCAAGAAUGGGGUAUGGCUAAUGUCCUUGAACCCCAUAGCCAUGGACCUCUACCCUCACCAUCACGAGGUCCCCUGCGAGCCCUCGUCCUCUUGCUCUCUCUCUCCUUUCACUCCGUGUUUGAAGGUCUAGCUGUGGGACUGCAGCCAACAGUCGCAGCUACCUUGCAGCUCUGUCUUGCCAUCCUGGCUCACAAGGGGCUCGUAGUGUUUGGUGUAGGACUGCGGCUGGUGCAGGUAGGCACUGGAUCACGUUGGGCCAUGCUCUCCAUACUGUCGUUAGCUCUCAUGUCCCCCGUGGGCCUAGCCCUAGGGCUGGCUGUGCCUCAGGGAGUCUCUGAAGGGCGACAAGGCUUGGCCCAGGCUGUGUUAGAAGGCAUGGCAGCUGGCACCUUCCUGUAUGUCACCUUCCUGGAAAUUCUGCCCCGGGAGCUUGCAGGUCCUGAAGCCCCUCUGGCCAAGUGGGGCUGUGUAGCCACCGGUUUUGCUUUCAUGGCCUUUAUUGCCUUGUGGGCCUGAGAGAUACCUGACUUUUCUGAUGGAUCUAAGAUGACCUCCCUACCCCCAAGAGAUGCCUCCCAAAUGACCUUAGCCCUCUGACAUUUCUUCACUGAGACAAAGUGACAUUCACUAGGCAUCAUUCCGUAACCUGGACCCCAGCUUUUCGCUACGCGAGAUGCCAUUUCUUAUGCAGAACUGAGAAAAGGAUGUUUCAGUUGAGUGCCUAUAAACUGGAGGAUUGAUAUAAAGACCAUCACUCCAGAUUUGACUCUUGUCCCGUUUAUCCUACUGUUGUGUAAUAAAAUGUCCAUUUUAUC